UAAAAAUCUUAAUUUCAGUUAACGAGAACCAUAUUAAUAUAAUGUCUAUAAUUUUCAUUCUACAAUCUUUUCAUGUCAGACCGGCAGAGCAAAGACGCCACUGCAGUUACGCAGAUCCUCCCAUCUGCACAUCCUCUGAAUUUGCAUUGUUCUUGCGUCGACUUUGAAUUUUCGAUUCUUUCUGUCGUUCCUUAGGUGAGGGCGGACACAUGAAAUUCUCCGUGAUUUUUCUUUUGAUUUGUUUAAUUCUCUUUGCUCGGUCGAAAUGCGUUCACGGUGAAGAGGCCAAGGAAAACAAACUUCGGGAGCGAGAAGCCUCCGAUGAUGUCCUUGGAUAUCCUGAGAUAGACGAGGAUGCUUUGUUGAAUACACAAUGUCCAAAGAAUUUGGAGCUAAGAUGGCAAACGGAAGUGAGUUCUAGCAUAUAUGCCACGCCCUUGAUCGCUGAUGUUAACAGUGAUGGGAAACUUGAGAUAGUGGUUCCAUCUUUUGUUCACUACCUUGAAGUUCUUGAAGGAUCUGAUGGAGAUAAAAUGCCAGGCUGGCCUGCUUUUCAUCAAUCAACUGUGCACGCUAGUCCUCUUCUAUAUGAUAUUGACAAAGAUGGUAUGAGGGAAAUAGCUUUGGGAACAUACAAUGGAGAAGUACUCUUUUUCAGGGUGUCAGGAUAUAUGAUGCCAGACAAGUUAAAGAUACCACGUCUCCGUGUGCGCAAGAAUUGGUAUGUGAAUCUAAAUUCAGUUCCAGUGGACCGGUUUCAUCCAGAUGUUCAUGAUGAACAACUUGUCAUGGAAGCAAAUAAGACAAAAUCAAUGGCUCAAACAAAUAAAAGCAUUCCAGAGUUAAGCCAUUCAACCGGGCCCACGAUGAAUCGAAGUGUGAUUGAACUAAAAACUUCAGUUACCAAAUCAACACAAAAGCUGAAUGAUUCAGAUUUGGUGAAGAAUAGUAAGGUAAACGACAGCAAUGUUGUACCAGAUAUUGUCCUACCUACAAGCAUGACCAACAAUACUUCUACGAAUCGUACUGGAAUACUUGAUGGUAAGAAAGGAACUGGGAUCAGUAGACGACUUCUGAAAGGUGGUGACUCCAAACAAUCUCAAGAAGAUGGUUCUAGGUCCAAGGAAGACGGUAGUGGAGAUGCUCAUGUUGCCACCGUUGAAAGUGAAGAAGCUUUGGAAGCAGAGGCUGAUUCAUCAUUUGAGAUAUUCCGUGAAAAUGAUGAGCUGGCUGAUGAUUACAGUCAAGAAGAUGAUGAUUAUAACAAUGGAUCCACGUGGGGAGAUGAGGAGUGGACUGAAGUUAAGCAUGAAAAAGUAGAGGAGUAUGUGGAUAUUGACGCACAUUUGUUGUGCACUCCUGUCAUAGCUGACAUUGACAAUGAUGGAGUGUCUGAAAUGAUUGUAGCUGUUUCAUACUUUUUUGAUCAUGAGUACUAUGACAACCCAGAGCACAUGAAAGAAUUGGGCGAUAUUGAUAUUGGGAAAUAUGUAGCUGGUGCCAUUGUUGUUUUCGAUCUGGAUUCGAAGCAAGUGAAGUGGAUAACUGAACUAGACUUGAGCAUAGAUUCUGCAAAAUUUCUUGCUUAUAUAUAUUCCUCCCCUACUGUCAUUGAUUUGGAUGGUGAUGGGAAUUUGGAUAUUCUUGUUGGAACUUCUUUUGGCUUGUUCUACAUCUUGGAUCAUCAUGGCAAGGUGAGAGAAAACUUUCCUCUUCAAAUGGCUGAUAUUACGGGAGCAGUUGUUGCAGCUGAUAUCAAUGAUGAUGGAAAAAUUGAACUUGUGGCUACGGAUUCACAUGGAAAUGUUGCUGCCUGGACUGCUCAAGGUCAAGAAAUUUGGGAAAAGAAUCUAAAAAGCCUCAUACCACAGGGUCCAUCCAUUGGCGAUGUCGAUGGGGACGGCGAUACUGAUGUGGUGGUGCCAACAGUAUCAGGAAAUAUAUAUGUUCUAAGUGGCAAGGACGGGUCAUUUGUUCGUCCAUACCCCUAUAGAACCCAUGGAAGAGUAACGAAUCAAAUUCUUCUCGUUGAUCUGAACAAACGUGAUGACAAAAAGAAGGGACUUACUUUAAUCACAUCAUCAUUUGAUGGGUAUCUAUAUCUCAUUGAUGGACCUACAUCGUGUGCUGAUGUUAUCGACAUCGGCGAGACUUCAUAUAGUAUGGUUCUUGCUGAUAAUGUUGAUGGUGGAGACGAUCUUGAUCUUAUUGUCACAACCAUGAAUGGAAAUGUUUUCUGCUUUUCAACCCCUUCUCCUCAUCAUCCACUCAAGACAUGGAGAUCAGCUAAUCAAGGAAGAAACAAUGUUGCAGUCCGGCACAACCGUGAAGGCAUUUUCGUUUCGCAUUCGUCUAGAACAUACCGUGACGAGGAAGGCAAGAACUUCUGGAUGGAGAUCGAGAUUGUAGACCGUUACAGAAACCCAUCUGGGACUCAAGCACCAUAUAACGUUACCACAACCUUGAUGGUUCCUGGCAAUUACCAGGGAGAGAGGAGGAUAAAACAGAACCAGAUGUUCAAAGAACCGGGCAAGCAUCGGAUUGAACUGCCGACAGUGAGUGCAAGGACCACAGCCACUGUUUUGGUGGAGAUGGUUGACAAGAAUGGACUCUAUUUUUCAGAUGAGUUCUCCCUCACAUUCCAUGUGUAUUAUUACAAGUUCCUGAAGUGGCUUCUUGUCCUCCCAAUGCUUGCAAUGUUUGGUGUGCUCAUGAUCCUUCGUCCGCAAGAGCCCAUGCCAUUGCCAUCAUUUUCACGGAACACUAACCUAUGAUCAUAGCCCCUCAUGAAAUGCGGAGGCAUAUGAUCCGAGAGCUGGACGAUGCCAAAAUUUUUGUUGAUCUAAUCUAUCGACUCGUUGAACCCGAGUCGAAUUGAAUUUUUUGAUGAUGGAGUAAUGGAGUUUCUUAUGAACGUCUAUCUAGAAGGUAGACAAACGGAAAAUGUCACAAGAUCGUGUCGUUUUCAAGAU